AAGUUGACGGCUAACAGCUGUUGAUGUCUUCACACUCCCAUUCCAAAACUAAACAUCCAAAUCCAGAAAAUUGUUGCACUAAUCGUAAGCGUGGUCCGUGAUUUUGUGCGUGUCGCAACUUGGUGUAUGCACUUACUAUAAUAUUCAUUGCAGGUUCCAAGAGUUUUCCAGGAUGUCAGGUCGAUUGGAUAUUAUAGUUUUUGGUGCUACUGGAUAUACAGGAAAGGAAGCCGUUCUUAAAAUGGUGACGCUUGCUAAGGAGAAAGCAUUAACUUGGGGUAUUGCUGGUCGAAACUCAUCCAAGCUUCAGAGCGUUCUAAAGGAGGUGUCUGAUAAAACAGGCGCUGAUCUUUCAAGCGUGAAAACAUUCAUUGCUGAUGUUAAAGAUGACGACUCGCUGCGGGACAUGACCAAGAAUGCCUCGGCUCUCGUCAAUUGUUGCGGUCCCUAUCGAUUCUACGGCGAACAGGUCAUCAAGGCUUGCAUUGCCACCAAAACGCAUCACGUCGAUGUUUCAGGAGAGCCACAGUUUAUGGAAAAGAUGCAGCUGAAAUACCAUAAAGAUGCAGAAGAGAGUGGAGUGUACGUUAUCAGUGCUUGUGGCUUCGACAGUCUGGUCUGUGAAAUCGGCAUUCUGCACAUGAUGGACUCGUUUAAAGGUCAGUUGAACUCUAUCGAAACCUACUUGGAAUCGGAAUACAAAGGGAAACGACAACAAAAAGGUGCAUCAAUCCACUAUGGCACGUGGGAAUCUGCAAUCCACAGCCUGGUGCACGCCAACGAGCUGAGACCGCUGAGAGAGCAGCUUUACCCAAAACGGCUUCCAAAUUUUACUCCAAAGUUGAAGCCAAGGCCUAUAAUGCACAAGAACCCAGUUGUGAACAAGUGGUGCCUACCAUUCCCGGGCUCCGAUCGGUCCAUUGCAUUGCGAACCCAGCGCCAUUUCUACGACUAUGACAAGAAACGACCAAUUCAGGUGCAAACCUAUGUGGCUUUCAAGAGCUUCCUGCACACAGUCACCGUUGCCUUUGUCGGCGUUAUUUUCGGACUGAUGACCAAAACUUCCUUCACAAGAUCCUUGUUGUUGAAUCACCCUAAGCUGUUCUCAUGUGGAAUGGUGAGCCAUGAAGGUCCACCCGAGGAUGAACGAGCCCAGGUGGAGUUCUCGAUGACAUUCCUGGGCGAGGGAUGGUCUCAAGUGAACACUGUACCCGAAGAAGAGCACACCCAACCACCUGCUAAAAAGAUGAUCACCAAGGUGAGUGGAAUGGACCCUGGUUAUGGAUUUACAUGCACUGCUCUGAUCCUGUCAGCGGUGACUGUUCUCAAAGAAGCCAAUAAAAUGCCUGGAAAAGGUGGGGUAUUCCCGGCCGGAGCUGCAUUUGCAAACACCUCUCUGAUGGCCGACCUGCAAAGCCAUGGCUUGAAAAUGGAAGUUCUGUCUUCGGAGUAGAACUUCAGACUGACCACUUAUCAUAGAAUAUCUGACUGAAAGUAUAUUUCAAAUGCACAUUACAUUUCCUUAAUAUUUCCAUACUAAUAUUAUAGGGUACAUCGUAAUUUUAUAUUUGUGUAAUGUGUCCAGUAUUUAUUGCACACUAUUUUAUGCACAUCAUUCAAUGAUCUUGGAUUUUAUACUAAUUUCUAUUAAUAAACUAUAUAAGUCUAUUAUAAGCUCACUCACUCUAAAAUCAAAUGGGUAAUAAUGUAUUAAUUUUUUAAUAUUUUUCUUAUAUUUUCUACUCUUAUAACCCAAUACCUGAGCAAUUUAUUGCUUCUUGUAUUCACAAAAAUAUGAAGUCAAUACAUUGGAUCUAGAACUUCCAAUCCAAUAAAAGUAGAGCAACCUUCCAGAUAAGUAUAGAGAUGAUAUUGCACAUACUAUAUUUUAUUAAUUUACUUCUACAUUUUUUCUACUUUUUAAGGGGUUUCCAGUGAACUUAUUCCACGUUUUAUUUUUAAACUUAUCAUAAGGUUUCACUUCUCACUUUUUCAAACUAUAAACUAUAUUAUUAGUAUGAGGUGUUUACCAACAAUUCCAAGAAUUUCCGCGAAAUGCGUAGGUAAUUUUUACUCUGUUUAUAAUGAGCAUUAUUCUCCAUUUCUAUUUGUUUCAAUUUCUAGAAAUGUUAUUCGCAUAAUGCGCUUACCUUGUUGAAUUUAAUUGGAGGUUGAUUAGAUUUUAAUAUAUUUUAUAUUUUUUCCAAUUGUUUAUAAAACUUUGUUGUUGAAAAUACAAUUAAAGUAUUCUAAC